GCAAGCGCUAGUUAUAACAUGUCGUAUAAGAUUGGAGAAGACAAUGACUGACAGAGAAUGAGUUCGGGAAUUGCAGUUAUGUGGAAUUGCAGUUAUUGCAAUACAUAUCUGAAUAUUGUCAUUUUUUACACUUCUGUGUACGCACCACGCAGUGUGGAGUAGCCUUUUCGAUCCGAGCUACAAAUCUUCGUGUAAGUAAAGCUUGCAAUGGAAACAAAAUGAAAAUUCAUGAAGUGCUUCAUAUACGCUGUCUCUAUAUUGUCGCGAUGCAGUUUCAUUUUUUCUCUAUAUGUUUGCUCUAGUUGGUUUCUUUUUAAAAUCAUAGUAAACCUUGAAAUUUUCUGUAACAAAACAAAACUCCAAAUCCAGAAAAGAAAUCAGGAGGGAGCAAAAUUGGGAUUUGUUUUAAAGAAAAUUCUGCUGCAAAAACGAAACCCUAAAUUUUCAAAAAUUUACAAGCUAGGUUUGGGACGAAUAUAGGGUUUGAUUUUUAGGGAGGUAAAGAUGUCGGUUACGGCGGGAGUUAGCGAUACUGUGAUAGCCAUCCGAGACAAAUUAAGAGGCAAAAUUGGCCAAACAAAGGUGAAAAGAUAUUGGCCUGGUAAAGCCCCGGAAUGGGCCGAGGAUGUCGAUGAAGAAAUCGAUAUUAAAACAGCAAGGUCUGCUGCCCUAGAGAAAGCCUUCCCUUCCAGAGAAGAUGAUGUCGAGGUUUUGGAAAGUAAAGCCGAUGCCAGGCUUCGGCGUUUAUCUGAGAGAAAAAAAGUUAGAGAUGAGGCAAUUGCACAGCACAGGCUCAUUCGUAAGGCUGAGAUUGUGUCAACUCAAGAAGAGGAACGAAAGGCCCAGGAGGGCUUGGAGGCCGAAGAAGAAGAUGAAGAUAUGCUGGACGAGAGGAGGCGGAGAAUUAGAGAGAAUUAUUUGCAGAAACAAAAAGAGGAGUUGUUUCAGCCCGAAGAGGAGGAGGAAGAGGAGGAGGAGGAGGAGGAAGAGGAAUCUGAGUAUGAGACUGAUUCGGAAGAGGAAUAUGGCGCCAUUGCCAUGGUUAAGCCUGUUUUUGUUCCCAAGGCAGAGCGGGACACGAUUGCGGAGCGUGAGAAACUGGAAGCGGAAGAGAGGGCUUUCGAAGAGGGGAUAAAGAGGAGAUUAGAAGAAAGGAAGGUCGAGACAAAGCAGAUUGUUGUGGAGGAGAUUCGUAAGGAGGAGGAAAUUCAGAAGAAUAUGGAAAAUGAUGGGGAUGGAGGAGAAGUUGACACAGAUGAUGAGGUUAAUGAAGCUGAUGAGUACGAGGCAUGGAAGGCUAGGGAAAUUGCAAGGAUAAAGAGGGAUAGAGAUGACAGGGAGGCCAUGUUGAAAGAGAAGGAGGAGAUUGAGAAGGUGAGGAACAUGACUGAAGAAGAAAGAAGGGAAUGGGAGAGGAAGAAUCCAAAGCCUCUACCUCAGCCAAAACAAAAGUGGAAGUUCAUGCAGAAGUAUUUCCACAAGGGAGCUUUCUUUCAGACGGAGGCAGAUGAUCACACUGGGACAGCUGGGGGAGAUGGUAUUUAUACUAGGGACUUUUCUGCACCGACUGGUGAGGAUAAGAUGGACAAGACCAUAUUGCCAAAGGUUAUGCAAGUUAAGCACUUUGGACGGAGUGGGAGGACUAAAUGGACACAUCUUGUUGCAGAAGAUACCACUGAUUGGAACAACCCAUGGACUUAUAAUGAUCCUCUCAGAGCCAAGUACAAUACAAAAAUGGCUGGGAUGAAUAGAGCAAUAGAGAAACCUAAAGGGAGCCGUAAAUUAAAAGAUUGGGAGUCAAAGUAGAAUUCUUCUAUAUAUGGUCAACAGUCAGGUCAGCGGCUUGACACUAUCCCGGUGGAUGUGGAUUCUUGUUUUCCUGUCAACAAGAUGUGGUUUAAAUAAGUAUUCACAUUUCAUUGCAAUAUAAAAUUUCAUAAAGUUUCAUGUACUAAAAAAUGAGUAAAUUCUCAAGCAAUGUACAUUAGUUUUUAUUUCUAAACUAAGUUGCCAGAUUCUUCCCUGGCAGCCCAGGGUCCUGGUCCAUUCUGGCCCAAAUACUGUUCUGGAUGUGGUCCGGCCCAAAUAUGGCCAGGGUCCUGCAGUUUGCCUGUGGGUUUGCUGUGAAGGACCCGGGGAGAAUUUGGAAGAAUUUGCAGUGAAUUUUGACCUUAGCGGCAGAAUCCGGGAAGAAUUUGAUGGAUUUAAGACAUUUUUUUGAUUUUUUUAAAGUUCUUUUUUGGUCUAUUUUGGUCAACUCGACCCGCCAACCCUAAUAAAAUAGACCACUAAAAAGGCCAAAAAGGUGAAACAUAUCUCAUUUGUGCAUUUGUGAAUUUGCCACAGCAGGAUGAUGAUGAUAUGUUUGAUGACUUUUGAUGAUAUUUGAUCAGUGAUGGCUGAUUGUUAAUGUUGACAUUAUUAUUUUUGAACUGAAACAUUGAUAUGGUGGUGUAUUUUGGCAUUUUUCUAUGUUAUUUGAACUAAAGCGUUAAUAUAUAUGGUGGUGCAUUUUGCUA